AUGCAGUCUGGAUAUAUUGCUUCUUCAAUAAGAACCUUACCAUCACUUGAGAUGGCACCACCACCAACACAAUCUGCACCAUAUCCAACCCAAUCUGCAGAAGGAGCAGUAGUGCCAGUGCCACCUCAAAUUGAAGAUGAUGAUGAUGACUCAAUAUUACCUUGCAAUAUUGACAAAAAUCAAAAGAUAAUUAGUGGUGAUAAGAGUCAAGGUAACAAGCUUGUAGCCAGGGAGUUUGUGCAGACCGAUGUUUUGGAAGCUUGUGUUGAGAUGAUUAUUAUAAAUGAGCUUCAAUUCAAUUUUGUAAAGAAGAAAGGCUUUAGGAAAUUUUGCAGUGUUGCUUGCCAAAAGGUUUUGGCUAUAACUGUGGAUAAUGCAUCUGCUAAUAAAGUUGCUAUAAAUUGGGUUAGGUCAAAGUUGAAUAGAAGGGCGAAAGCAGAACCUGUUUUGCAAGGGAAGUACUUACAUGUGAGAUGUCUUGCUUACAUCACAAACCUAAUUGUAGUUAGUGGUUUGAAGAGGCUUUCUAAAUAUAUUUUGGCCGUUAGAAAUGCAAUUAGGCAUUUUGUAAGAAUGGGGGAAGAUGAGGACAAUCCUUUUUUGGCUUACUUCAAGGAACUAGAACAUGAAGUUGAUGAGGAUGGUGUGGUUGUGAGCAACAAUAAGCAUAUUAGGGUUGGACCACCAAGUGAAGCUGUUUGGGAGAAUGCUACUGUUUUUGUGAAGUUCUUAAGGGUUUUUUAUGAGGUCACACUGAAGACAGUGAAUGGAAAUUCACAAGAUGUUGAUGAUAUAAUGGAUGAUUGGAUAAAGGUGGUGGAAGAGAGUGAAAAGGUUGUGGUUGCAUAUGAAGUGGAUACCUACUUGCAUGAUCCUUUGGAAUUAACAACCAAAGAGCUAUUGCAAAAGGAUAUUCUUGCGAUUCAAGUAUCAACAGUUGCAUCUGAGAGUUGUUUUAGCACUGGGGGGAAGAAAGAUGAACCUACUCCUGAAGAAUAUGAGUUUUAUGAGAGUGUUGAAUUAGAAUAUGCAAGUACAAAGCUACUGCCACUAGUACAACACAUUAGGGAUUGA